UAAUAUUUUGACAAAAUUUCUCAACAAUCAAUUUGGGUUACAUGUCAACCCAAUUUUUAAUGAGUUGAAAUGGAUUGGGUUGAGAUGGAUUUAGCUAACAAAUGGGCAGGUCAAUAACCAACCCAAACCUAAAUGGGUUGGGUCGGGUUGGGCUUGAUUUUGCCACCCCUACACAUGUUGGUUGCAUUAAGUGCCUUUGUAGGCAUGUUGUUUGUUGAGUAAUUAAAUUCUGCGAAGAAUGACUUUCUGUUUGAAAGGGCAUUUGUUUGUUGAGUAAUUAAAGAACAAACAUAAAGGAAAAGAGUAAUAGCUCAGGAGUUCAUAGUUGAGUAAUUAAAGAACAAACAUAAAGGAAAAGAACCCCCACAAAUCAAUGAAAUUAUGUAACUCAACAACGUGCAUAUUCUUAGGGGUAUGGGCUUGCUGCUUGGGUCAUGAAAAGUUUUGGGCCCAAAUAUAAGUUAAUAAAAAGGGAAACUUACAUAAAUAUACUAUAUUAAAAAAUAUUUACCAUUUAUAACAAUAAAAUAGGGCACACCCUUGAAUGGAAAACCUAAUUCUAACAUCAAAUUAUUCAAUUUUUCCGUCUUUUAUUUAAGAGAAGGAAAAGUACAUUGAGAAGUAUAAGUAGUCCCCAACUCCCGAACCCUUAAUUACAAUACCUCUCUCCUGUGACCGUUUCAGUUCAAACCCCUCCACUGUUGUCAGCGAUCAGGAAUGGAAACUCCCAUGCACAUCCAAGAAGAAAUAAUUAUGGAUAUUUUAAGUAGACUGCCUGUGAAGUCUCUUUUUAGAUUCAAGUGUGUUUCAAACUCUUGGAAGGCUUUAAUCUGUGAACCUAGCUUUAAGAAACAACAUCUCAAUCAUGCCAAAAAUGACAAAUUGCUUGUUCUACGGAUUGCUAAGGAUAGUAAUGUUUUCUUCUAUUGUUCAUCUUUAUUGACGACAACAACACCACAUCAAAUCGUUAGGGAUGUACAAGAAUCGGUGUGUGUCCCGCAAUGUGUGCCAGGGUAUUACGAUAUCUAUAAUUACCAUCUCUAUGGUAGCUGCAAUGGCUUGUUUUUAAUUGGGAUUAAGCAGAAACGUUUUCUGUGUAAUCCUUCUACAAGAGAAUCAAUAUUACUACCAUCACAUUGGGAUAAGUUUUUUCAUGGUUACAUUCAUGGAAUGGGAUAUGACCCAACUAGUGAUGACUAUAAGGUUGUUCACAUUCCUGAAGAAGAUGAAAAGGCACCCACUGAAAUUCUCUCCCUAAAAACUGGUUCCUGGAGAAAAAUUUAUGGAGGUGAUUGUUCUCUCCAAUCCGGUAAUAUGGAAUGUUUGACAUUACUACGAGGAUCAUUUCAUUGGCUUACUUAUUCCGUAGAUUCGAUGUUUUCUCUGAUUUCAUUUAAUAUUUCAAAUGAGGUGUUUGGAGGAUUACCAUUGUCGAAGGAAAUGCCCUUGUUGUGUGACACGAUUGAGCAAGGUGUGACAGUGUUAGGUGGAAUGCUUAGUGUAAAUUUUCUUUAUGAGGAGGAGGAUGCUACUAUUUUUGAUUUGUGGGUAAUGAAAGAGUAUGGUAUGGAAGAAUCUUGGACUAAAUUAUUUACGAUGAGAGAUAGCAGGGAUGCUUAUGAGGUGUUACCAGUCGUUCCGAAAUAUAUAUUUGCAGAUGGUGAACUGUUGUUCUGUUCUGAUAGAAGAAUUGUGCUUAAAACAUUCAAAGAAUCAGACAAAAGAAGCAAUCUAGUAGUGCCUCUAACUACGGAUGAAGAUACAGAUACCACCAGGGAUGGAUUUGUUUACACAGAGACUUUGAUCUCUCCAAAAGAUUGUGUUAUUGCUUUGAACUAAUAUUUAGAUUAUUCAUUUAAUUUUUAUUAUUGGUAUGAUUUAGAAACAAAAAAUGUUUAAAUCUGUCCAUACAGUCUGUGACUUUUUCUGUUCAAUAGUUCAUUUUAUAGAGCAUUAUAUUUU